ACAUUUGUUCACUAGUGUUGUUUGUUUGCAGGGAGCAGCGUGGUGGAGGGAGAGUUUAGGAUUACGAAUCAGAAUUUCUGGCCCGGCCUGGAAGACCCGACCUCUGAAGAAUACCGAGCCAUGGCCCAGUCCAUCGAGAACGAGCUGGACAUGUUAUUUCAUGCAUCAGUUUGGGCUCGUGAGUACAAUCAUAGCCAAGUCAUAUCCUUGUCGGAGGGUUCCCUGUUGGUACGAGCUCAGCUGGUGCUCAAUACUGCUGAUGUUGCCGCUGCUCAGAAGCUUGGAACAGUUUUCCUUCGGGGCCUCCACAACCGUCAUGGGCAUGAGUGGCUGGGGCAAUAUUCUGUUGAUAUAACGUCCAUUAGGUUCACUGAAGUGUUGGUGGACACCUUACCUUCGUCCAGCACUCCACCUCCCACCACCGCAACACCCGCCGCUACCACUGUUGCUGGCAUGCAAGAGUCUUCCACAGUUGUCAUGGAGACUUCUCAUCAUUUAGCAAACCUUAAUGUUGGGUGGGGAGAGUGGAGUCCAUGGUCUCCCUGCUCCCCUUGCUCUCCACAGUAUGACCAAAUUAGAACUCGUGACUGUCGACUGGAUGCAGGUCAGGGUCUUUUGGUUAACAGCAUUGAACCAUGCUUACCAUCUGGCCUAACAGGGCCACUGCAUGGUUCAGGGGGAGAUAUGGAGACACGACCAUGCCAGUGUCACCACACUACAGGUGCUGCAUCCUCUUCAUCUACUUCCACUACUACCAGCUCAACCACAACCACCACCACAACCUCCAUUACUACCAGCACCUCUAAGCCAUGGAGGGAAGAACAGCCACAAAAAGAAGAGACAGUGGACGAAGUCCUCAAUGAGCGACUGUGUGACUCAUGCCUGACAGAAGAAGUGUGUGUUGGGCUUCAGGGAGAACCCUACCCUACCUGUCGCCCUGCACGGGACUCUGGGGACAGAACAGGCUGUGGAGGUCUCUGUGCCCUUGACACAGAAGUGUGCCAGGCUCUAGGGUCCAGGGCCUUCCAGUGCCACAGUGCCUCUCUCUGUCUACACGAUGAGUGGCGGUGUGCUGAUGGACUGUGCAUCCCUCUCAUCAAGCGAUGUGAUGGUCAUAUGAAUUGUUAUGACCAGAGUGAUGAGCAGCACUGCAGAUGUGGUCCAGAUAAGUUCCAGUGUGGCAACAAUACCUCAUGUCUCCCUGUAACCUCAAAGUGUGAUGGCAAAAUGGAUUGCUGGGAUGGCUCUGAUGAAGCCAACUGCACCACCUUGUGCCCCAACCCUGACACUCAGUUUACUUGCCGCAGCAGUCAGUGUAUCCCCCAGUAUCAAUUCUGCGACGGGUUGGCGGACUGCAGGGACGGGUCAGAUGAACCCUUCGGUUGUUCUGGACGGUGCCAACCCAACGAGUAUCAAUGCCGGAAUAGGAGAUGCAUCCCAACUGCCCUCGUCUGUGAUGGUUGGGACUCGUGUGGCGACAGCAGUGAUGAACAGAACUGCAAUCGGCCUCUCAUCCCUCUCUCACCGGGAACGGGAGCUUCUUUCGUGAACACAACUUCUAUUAGGACAUUGACAGGGUUCAGAUCAGAGAAUGCCACAGUAGGAUCACAAAAUGAAAGCACAAUAGAAACUGACAAUAUUUGGCUCUCUAAAACUGAGGGCAGAAAUAGUUCAAAGUUAAUUGAAGUUGAUUUCUCUACUACAGAACUAAAAAAAAAUGUUAGUGUGUCAUCAGUGCUAUACUUGACAAAACCAAGAAACAUCUCUAAUCUCACCCAGUCUCAAACACCUAGUAAUACUAAGCUGGAAAGUCAUACAAAGGACAACAAUAGACAUAUAAGCACAACAGGUGUGAAUGUUCCACAGACUUUGAACGAAGAAGCAGUAGCUACUGUUCCAUUUAGAGACUGGAGGCGAACUUUGCAAGUCAUGCCAAGAAUGGAAGAUUAUUUAAGAACUUGGCCCAAGUCAAAAACAGUCUCCAGUCGUGAUCCUAUGGCCAGAACUUACUCAAUGAUCCAUGAAAUAAACAGCAAAUUUCAUGACUCAGACAGAGCAGUCAGCAAUAUGGAUAUGCAGGGUAAUAGAAAAACCUCUCUUGGAUAAAAAAAUAAGUACUCAAGUUAACCAAGAGCAUGGCUAAUAACUGUAUUAUCAGUCUGAGAAUGAAGAUGGUGGUCUGUGUGUGUGUGUGUGUGUGUGUGUGUGUGUGUGUGUGUGUGUGUGUGUGUGUGUGUGUGCACACCUGCUUGCAUGCAAGUGUGCUGUGUGUGUAUUUGCCCAUUCUUAUGUAUGGGCAUUUGUUUGUGCACAUUCAUUUGUAAUCUGUGCAUGUGUGUGUGUGUGUGUGUGUGUGUGUGUGUGUGUGUGUGUGUGUGUGUGUGUGUGUGUGUGCUCAUACAUGCUUAUGUAUGUCCCUGCAUGUAUCCAUGUGUGUUUGUGUGUUCACACAUUUUGUAAUGAACAAUUUUAUAUACCAAGUGAAAAUGGAUGUAUAUUCAAAUUGUCAAAGUCAAUUGCUAUUUUUAGUAUAUCAGUGUUAUAAGAAUGGAGAAAUAUAUUGCAUCACAAUGUUGACAUAUUGAUGUUGUGAGGAGUCCUUUUUGUAUAUCUAGUUGAGAAAUACCAAAGAUUGUAUGUAUAUUUUGUCCUGCACUAGGACCAUAUGAUGUUAUCUAGUCUGUAUGAAACUGUACUUAUCAUGUAUUAGUUGAGAGCCUUGGGUACAGUUGCUGCUGUAUAUGAGAGUAUGAAAAAGCUCUCGUAAGAAGUUUCCUCAUGUUGCAGUGACUAUGCCAGAAAUUAUAGUUGAGACUUCUCAGCUAAGUUUUGAUAAUGGCAGAGAGGGAGUGCUACUGGCUGUAGCAAGUCCAUGUGCCUGUUGCAGGCUGUUUCUCUGCUGUCAUUCAGAACUCUUGAAUAUGCUUGUUUUACUUUGCUCUCCCACUACUAACAUUUAACAAGUUUCUUUUGUCAUACUCUUUAUUUUGCGGAGGAAAUUUUGGGAAUGAUUUGAAUUUUCCAACUGAAUAUGAGACUACUCUGUCAUUUCACGUAAAGUGUAAUCAAUAUGGAAAAGACUAAGGAAUUGACACUACCAGAAGUUGUAAGCAAGAAAUCACGAAUGUUCUUUGUCAAUAAUGUCAUGAUGCCUAGACUAACAAUGGUCAAGAUUUAUUAUAUUCCAUUGACAUAUUUGAGUUGAAUCAGGACAUUGUGCCUUCUUAGAAAAACAAAGUUGGAAAAAUAUAUUCAAAGGAUGCACUGUAACUACUUUUUCUCUAUACACUUCUACAGCAUUUUUAAGUUAAAUCAUUGGUUUGAAAGAUUCAAAUGUUGAUUCUAAAUUAGCUUGCAUAUGUUUUCAACUAAGCAUAAACUCAUUAUUUCCUGUUAAUUAUAAUUUUAUAGUAUACAUGUGAAGCAAACAAGGUCCAUAUCAUAAAGUCAGAUGCUUUUUCAGUUAUUUAAAUUUAAGCAGGUACAAAAUCUGGAACAAAUUGUUCUAUACCCUAUGCCAGAGGUUCCCAAACUGUGGUGCAUGCACCCUCAGGGGUGCGUGAGAUGAUCACUGAGGGUGUGCAAGAAAAAGAAUGUAAUGGCAAUUUGUCUCAUGAAAAUUUCAAACACAUCAUCAACUGAUGUUAUUUUAAGACUAAUAUAUACUGUAUGCUUCAGCACAGUUGACUGUUCCCUAAGUCUGAAAGUUACCCAGGCUCUGAGUACACCCAGGCUGAAAUUUACAUUUUUGUUCAACUUUGAUAGCGUUCAGAGCCUCAUACUUUGCAUACACAAAUUUCAAAACAAAUGGACAAAAUUUAGAGGAAUUGACAGAACCUUCGCACUCCUUGAAUCUUGGUGGGGGUGUCUGGACUCGGUCAUAGCCUGGAAGGUGGUGAGUGGCAUGAAAAGUUUGGAAACUGCUAACCUAUGUAUAGUUUAACUCAGAUUUGUGGUACUUUUGGAGGCAUAAAGUCUGAAAUCUAAAGAUGUUAUAGAAUAAUUUCUAAAAAGGAUUUUGUAGUUCAGGGUCAACUUAUACUACCUAGCGAUGACUCAUUCCUGCUACUAGUCUUGAUCACUGGUCAUCUUUAAUUGUCACAAAUUUCAUGCAUCUGACAAUUUACUUCCAUCCAUUUGCAACUACUGUGCAUUUUUUUAUAAAUGAAAAUUAUGAUAGGUGCUAAUCAUUUUAUAUAAAUCUAAUGACAUCUUCAGGAUCACUAAUGAGCUUCAAGAACAGUGUACUUCACAUUUAACUUUUGGUUGAAAUACAGUAUAUAUUUAUAUAGGAUUUUCUGUUUAUUUCAGUGCUUUAUAUAAAAAAAUAUACUGCAACUUGAGCUGAAAAUGCCUUUUAAAUGGUUCUAUUUGCUGAAUGAUAAGCAUUCACUAGUCCAUACUUUUGCCUAGGUAGCUAACACUUUUUUUUUUGUAUACUUCAUUGAUAUAACAUAUAUGUGUAUAGCAAAAUUAUCACCUCAUAGUGGAUAUUAGAUUUUUUUUUCAAUCAGUAAAUGCUUGCAUUAUUGGCUGAUAUGCUGAGGUUUCCUUAAAGAUCAUCUUUGUGACCUCAAUGAUGCUUCACCUUGGUAUAAUCAUGUCCCUUAGCCAUCCUACAAGUCAUUGGUUAUUUUGCUAGACCUCUUUAGUCCACAUGUACAUAAAGCUGCAUAGUAUCAUAAAAAUAUUGUAUUUUUAAGCUUAUGUGAUAUAUUUAUGUUGUAUUACAUUUUGAAGUAUAAAAGUUUUGUAAUAAAUAAUAAACACAAGUA